GCAAAAUCGCGAGUACAGAGGAGAACAACUUGCACCAUUUUGUUGCACAGGUAUUGUGAAAGUGGAAGAAAAUGGCGGAUUUGAACUCAGUUGUUAUGGAUGACGAUUAUGAGUUCUCGGCGCCAAGAUUCUAUGACUUCAUCAAUGGAGAGACUGAUGAAGAUAAGCGCAAGGCUGAACUAUGGUUCGAGACUUCAAUUAGCUAUGCUCCUUCUCCUUUUAUGCAAAGAAUCAAGAAGAGUGGUAGAACAAUUCAACUUGAGAGCCUAUGUGAUUUUACUAAAGACGAAGAAUUGCAGGACAAUGCAAGGCCUGUGGCUGAGCCCUCUUUUUCUGUAAGUACGGAAGAGGAAAGGUCAAGUGGGAUUGAAGAACCUGCAGCUGUGCUCACGGUUUCUGGAAGUAAGGAAGAGGUAAAGCCAAAUGAGAUUGAAGAACGCGCAGCUGAGCCUGCUUCUUCUGGAAGUGAGGUAGAGGUAAUGCCAAAUGAGAUUGAAGAACGCACAGCUGAGCCCGCUUCUUCUGGAAGUAAGGUAGAUGUAAUGCCAAAUGAGAUUGAAGAACCUGCAGCUGAGCUUGCUUCUUCUGGAAGUAAGGUAGAGGUUAUGCCAAAAGAGAUUACUGAUGAAUCUGGUCGCAGUCUUCCUAAUCUGGAAUCUGUACAGCAGCAGUCAAAUGUAGAAGAAGUUAGCACGCCUGCACCACCGAUGAUAUCUCAGAAGAGUGACGAGAAGACUGAUUCCAAGAAGCGACAGACGGCUAAAAAGAUUGCCAGCGUCAUUAGAAACCCUUCAGCAUUAAAGUCAAAAGCUCACCUGCGACAGUCACAAUUGAAGAAGAAUCCAGAUAGUGUCAGAAAGCAAACAAUCGCGAAAAGUGCUGUUGGAACACAUAAUAUUUCCCAAGAAAACCAAGCUAUAAAAAGACAGAAACUAGAAGGUGGAAAAUCCAGACAGAUUCUCAAUGUCAAACCCCAGAAUCUGCCUCACAAAAUAAAAGUUGGGGUUGCUAGCAGCAGUUCCACCUUAUUCGCUUCGACUGAAGAAGUUCAUAAACAGGAUAGAAAGAUGUAUGUUCGGGAACCAGUUGCCCCAUUCGUUUCAAUAGCAGAAAUGAUGAAAAAGUUCCAAUCUAGCACCAGGGAGAUGUCAUUGCCCCGCAUGAGCAAUUCUACUUCACAUGAUGAUCCAGCUGGACAGAUGCAGAGGAAGCAUAAGCUCAUAUUGACCAGGCCUAAAGAACCUGAAUUUGUAACAGCUCAACGUGUUCGUCCAACAAGAGUCAAGAGUUCAGCUGAGCUAGAAGAAGAAAUGAUGGCCAAAAUUCCAAAGUUUAAGGCUCGCCCGUUGAACAAAAAGAUAUUGGAAGUUCCAACUCUUCCAGCUUUACCGAAGAGUACACCUCAACUUCCAGAAUUUAAGGAAUUUCAUUUGCAAACUAUGGCACGAGCCAAUCAAAAUGCGGAAACAUCAACAGUUGCAUCAAUAGAAUCUACUCAGAGUCAUUGGAAAUCGUCGCAUCUUACAGCCCCAAAGUCACCUGUUCUUAAAACAUCACUAAGAGCACGACCUCCAAGGAUGAGAAGCUCCAAAGAAAUGGAAAAGGAAGAACUCGAAAAAGUUCCCAAAUUUAAGGCAAGGCCUUUGAAUAAGAAGAUUUUUGAAAGUAAAGGAGACUUGGGGAUGUUCUGCAACACAAAGAGGCAGGUGACAGUGCCUCAAGAAUUUCAUUUUGCCACUGAUGAACGAAUUCCUCCUCCAGCUAAUGUAGCUGAUAUGUUGUUUGACAAGCUUUCCCUUGAUUCUGAACCUCAAAAUGACAAGACUAUUCCUAGAAACACCACUCCAAACCCCUUCCAUCUCUCCACUGAGGAACGAGGGGCGGAGAAAGAGAGGAAAUUGUUCACCGAACUUCUACAUAAACAAAUCGAGGAGGAGAGGUCCAGAAUGCGCAAAGCAACUCCAUAUCCAUACACCACUGAUUAUCCAGUGAUUCCACCAAAACCAGAACCAAAGCGGUGCACAAGACCAGAACCUUUCCAAUUGGAGAGUCUUGUUAAGCAUGAGCAGGAGACGUGGAGGCAAAUGGAAGAAAGGCGAAGAAUGGAGGAGGAAGAAGCAAAGAUGAGGAACUUCAAAGCUCAACCAGUCUUGGCCGAGGACCCUAUUCCACUUCCUGAGAAAGUACGUAAACCCCUCACUGAAGUUCAGGACUUUAAACUGAAUGUAGAUCACCGUUCUCUUGAUAGAGCUGAGUUCGAUAAGAAGAUUAAGCAGAAAGAGGUGAUGCAUAAGAGGUAUAGAGAAGAGACAGAAUCUGCAAGAAUGAUGGAGGAAGAGAAAGCAUUGAAGCAACUAAGGAGAACUUUGGUGCCCCAUGCAAGACCAGUGCCUAAAUUUGAUCAUCCUUUUCUACCUCAGAAGUCUUCCAAACAAGUGACGAAACCAAGAUCACCAAAGCUACAGAUUGUUAAAAGAAAAGAAAGGAGGACAAUGGCCUGCCCCUACGCGCCAGCUUCUAGUGCUGCCUACCAAAUGAGGUGAUGUUGUAGUACAAUGAUCAAUUCAAAAAUCAGAGAGCUAACUAUUUCAA